AUGAUGAUUCAAUUCGAUUUAAAUUCUUAUCGUCCAUAUUGUUAUCCACUUUCAACUAAUAUGCCACAAGCCGAUUAUAAUAUUGAUCAAAAUCAUCUACCUUCGAAUUCAAGUAACAGUAGUAACAGUAGUGGUGGUGGGUGUUGUUGUUCAAAUAAUUGUGUAGGAAAUGGAAAAAAUAUUAAUCAACUAACUAAUCUGAUUAGAUCGCCACCAUUACUACUACAACCUCAAUCAUCAUCAUCAUCAUUACAACGACAAGAAUUAAAACAAUCAAAAAGAAUGGUAUUGAAAAGUUCUUUUCCAAAACAUAUAUUAUAUUAUAGAAUAAUUGGACCAUUAACAAUGCUAAUGAUAAUAGUAUCAAUAUUGAUAUUAAUUUCACAAAAAUGUACAAAAACACAAUCAAUUACAUCGGAAUGGAAACAACAACAAUUAAUGAUGAUAACCGAUCAAAAUCAACAAGAACAAAUGAUUAGUAAUUUGAUUAGCCGAUUUUUUCUUAAAUUAUAUAUUCUACAUUCAAUAUCAUUAUUAUUAUUCAUUGUUAGCAUAUCGACAUUAUAUGCAUCAUAUAUUGCAUAUGAACGACCAAAAUGUUUAUCAACAAAUGCGCAAAUAUGCUGUAAGGUGAAUGAUUCAAAUGGUUUUUGGAAUUCGAUUGAUGAUAAUGAUAAAAAAUCUCAUACAUCUAUCAAUAUUAAUGAAAUAUUAAUGAUUACAAUUAUGAUUUUAAAUCUAUUUACAUCAAUCAUAAUGAUGAUGACAACUAUUAUCUAUUUUUAUGAUGUACGACAAGAUGCAAUCAAAUGUGGUUAUCUAAAUCGUGUUCAUAAUGAAAAUUAUAUUGUUCGUUAA